AGAGCAGGCCACCAAAGCAGAAUGGAGGGUUCCUGGGCACUGGGGUCAGUCUGCUAGCUGUGCUUGGGAGACCUCCAGCAACCCUGGAAUUCUGUGAACUUCCAGAAAACCCAUUGUGACACGAGCUGGCCCAAGAAGGCUCAUCUGACAUUUCUGUGUCACUCAGAAGGGGUUGAUGAAGACAUGUUUAACCCACAGGUUCUAGAUUCUCCUGCUGUGAUUUUUGACAAUGGAUCUGGGCUCUGUAAGGCAGGGCUGUCUGGGGAGAUUGGACCUCGUCAUGUCACCAGCUCUGUUGUGGGGUACCCGAAAUUCAAGAUGCCUUCUACAGGAGCCAAUCAGAAGAAGUACUUUGUUGGGGAGGAAGCCCUGUACAAACAGGAGGCCCUGCGCCUGCACUCCCCCAUUGAGCGGGGCCUGGUCACGAGCUGGGAUGAUGUGGAGAAGCUCUGGAGACAUCUCUUCGAAUGGGAACUGGGUGUGAAGCCCAGUGAACAGCCCGUGCUCAUGACGGAGCCUUCCCUGAACCCAAGGGAGAACCGGGAGAAGACGGCAGAAGUGAUGUUUGAGACCUUCGACGUGCCUGCCUUCUAUCUGUCAGACCAGGCAGUUUUGGCACUCUAUGCCUCGGCCUGUGUCACAGGCCUGGUGGUGGACAGCGGGGAUGGGGUCACCUGCACUGUCCCUAUCUUUGAGGGUUACUCCUUGCCUCAUGCAGUCAGCAAACUUUACGUGGCUGGCAAGGACAUCACGGAGCUCCUCACUCGGCUCCUCUUGGCCAGUGGGAGAGCCUUUCCAUGCCCACUGGACAGAACCCUGGUGGAUGACAUCAAGGAGAAACUAUGCUACGUGGCCCUGGAGCCUGAGGAGGAACUCUCUCGACGGGCAGAAGACGUCUUGAGGGAGUACAAAUUGCCUGAUGGGAAUGUCAUCUACAUUGGAGACCAGUUGUACCAGGCUCCUGAGGUCCUGUUCUCUCCAGACCAGCUGGGCACCCAUGGUCCAGGGCUGGCACAGAUGGCAUCCAACAGCAUAGCCAAGUGUGAUGCUGACAUACAGAAGACACUCUUUGGGGAGAUUGUCCUGUCAGGGGGCACCACGCUGUUUCAGGGGUUGGAUGACAGGCUCCUGAGGGAACUUGAGCAGCUGGCUUCCAAGGGAGUCCCCAUCAAGAUCACAGCACCUCCUGACCGCUGGUUCUCCACAUGGAUUGGGGCCUCCAUCGUCACCUCUCUGAGCAGCUUUAAGCAGAUGUGGAUCACUGCUGUAGAUUUCAAGGAGUUUGGGCCAUCUGUGGUCCAGAGACGGUGCUUCUGAAGAACUCCAUGCUUCCAGUAACCACACUGUUCCUCACAAGGGACACCCAUGGGAAGUGAGCUCACCCAUGGCCUCAGCGGCAUAUUCAAAUAAAGAUGAAUGGUGAAG